AUGACAGCGUCUCACGUGCAGCCUCGAACCACAGGCGGUCGUUUCGACUUUGACGAUGGAGGCACUUACUGCGGGGGGUGGGAUGACGGUAAGGCUCACGGACACGGAGUGUGCACGGGUCCUAAGGGCCAGGGCGAGUACAGUGGGUCGUGGCACUUUGGAUUUGAAGUGUCCGGAGUGUACACGUGGCCCAGCGGCAGUACUUUCGAGGGCCAGUGGCAGAACGGCAAGCGUCACGGACUAGGGGUAGAAACACGAGAUCGUUGGGUGUAUCGCGGAGAGUGGACCCAAGGGCUGAAGGGCCGAUAUGGGGUUCGACAGUCACUCACCUCUGGAGCCAAGUACGAAGGCACGUGGGCCAAUGGACUCCAGGAUGGAUACGGCUCUGAGACGUAUGCUGAUGGAG